UGUGAGGUUUGAGAACUAAUUCAGAUAGAACGGUGGCCAAACUCAUUCAGCCGUAGCCUACAAGGAAUCUUCCUCUCUUAUUCAUAUAUUACAUUUUCCCCAAUUUGCUCUUAUUCAUUUAAGAUCCCAGAAGGUCAUAGAGAGCUCUGCAUUGGAUGGAGAGUAAGGUGUGCGUGACUGGUGCUGCCGGUUACCUAGGUUCUUCGCUUGUCAAGAGGCUCCUGGAAAAGGGACACAUUGUUCACGCAACUACGAGGAAUUUGGGAGAUGCUUAUAAGGUAGGGCUACUUAAAAGCCUCCCAAAUGCAGAAACCAGGUUAAGAUUGUGUGAAGCUGAUAUAUACAAUCCCAGUGAGUUUCAAGCAGCAAUUGAAGGUUGUCAAUUUGUAGUUCAUAUGGCCACCCCAUUGCAGCACCUGUCCCACAAUUCUCAGUUCAAAGAUGCAACAGAGGCAGCAGUUGCAGCGGUGAAGAGUAUUGUGGAGUGUAGCAUUACAUCAGGGACUGUGAAGCGACUCAUUUACACUGCUUCUGUGGUAGCCUCAUCAACUUUGAAAGAAGAUGGCGAAGGCUUCAAAGACCAGUUAGACGAAUCUUGUUGGACUUCACAUGGAGUUGCUUUCGCCUACAGCACCGACCAGUUAAUGGCAUAUGCAAGCUUGAAAGCAGCUUCGGAGAAAGAACUGCUGAGGUACAACGGUGCGAUAGAAAUAGUGAGCCUGGCUCUUGGACUUGUGGGUGGAGGAACGCUUCUCUCCACCAUGCCUGGAAGCGUGAACGUGCUGAUUUCUCAAGUCACAAAUAACAAAGCAGUAUACAACACCCUAAGGUUUUUGGAAGAACUGUUGGGGAAAGUUCCCAUUUUGCACGUUGAGGAUGUCUGCGACGCUCAUAUUUUUUGCCUCGAGAAGCCAUCUAUCAAUGGCAGAUUCCUUUGCGCUACUGCAUAUUUGAGCUCUGCUGAGAUUGCGAGUCACUAUCGAAUGAUAUUUCCUGAUAUCCAGAUACCUGAUGAGUUUGUGGAGAAGCUGGAUAGAAAAAUAGUGUGGGUUUCAACUAAGCUGAAAGAUGCUGGCUUUGAGUUCAAAUGUGAUGUCAAAACAAUCCUUGAAGAUAGUAUCAACUUGGGUCUCAAGUUAGGGGAACUUAAACUUCCAUCGUCUCAAAUCUGAACACUCAAAUUUAUGUUUUGAACAAUUCAAUGAAAUGCUGUAAUCACUAAAACUAUUGUUAAGCUACUUCACAUAUUUAUCAACAAAAACAUCGCUAUCACAUGUAAAUUGAAGAUUUAAGAAAAUUUUACACGGAUGGAAGGUUACAAAUUACAACAUUCUUUUUUCUCGUUAUAUAAGAAACACCCUCAAGCCAAUUAAGACAGGCUUCAACCUGAGACAGAUAAAUUGCUGUCUACCGUCUCGUCACACUCAUCAAUGUCUUCUCUAAUGCUGGCUGAGCUUUACCCUAACAAAUUAGUGCACUACUUUAUGU